CCAUGGAGCGGGCGGAAGGGCCGAGUACAGAACUUGCUAAGGCCAUCAAACCUAUCGAUCGGAAGUCAGUCCAUCAGAUUUGUUCUGGACAGGUGGUACUCAGUCUAAGUACUGCUGUGAAGGAGUUGGUUGAAAAUAGUGUGGAUGCCGGGGCCAGUGCUAUUGAUCUAAGGCUUAGAGACUAUGGGGUGGAUCUCAUUGAAGUUUCAGACAAUGGAUGUGGGGUAGAAGAAGAAAACUUUGAAGGCUUAACUCUGAAACAUCAUACUUCUAAGAUUCAAGACUUUGCUGACCUAACUCAGGUUGAAACUUUUGGCUUUCGGGGGGAAGCUCUGAGCUCACUUUGUGCACUGAGUGAUGUGACUAUUUCUACCUGCCACACAUCGGCGAAGGUUGGGACUCGACUGGUGUUUGAUCACAAUGGGAAAAUUGUCCAGAAAACCCCCCACCCACGACCCAGAGGGACGACUGUCAGUGUGCAGCAGCUAUUUUAUACACUGCCUGUGCGCCAUAAGGAGUUUCAAAGGAAUAUUAAAAAGGAGUACGCCAAAAUGGUCCAGGUCUUGCAUGCAUACUGUAUCAUUUCGGCAGGCAUCCGUGUCAGUUGCAGCAAUCAGGUCGGGCAAGGGAAACGGCAGCCGGUGGUAUGCACCAGUGGGAGCUCCAGCAUAAAGGAAAAUAUUGCCUCGGUGUUUGGGCAGAAACAGCUGCAAAGCCUCAUUCCCUUUGUUCAGCUGCCCCCUAGUGACUCCGUUUGUGAAGAGUACGGGCUGAGCCAAGCUGAUGCUCUGAAUACCCUGUUUCACAUCUCAGGCUUCAUCUCUCACGGUGCUCACGGUGUUGGAAGAAGUUCAACAGAUAGACAGUUUUUCUUCAUCAAUGGGCGGCCUUGUGACCCAGCAAAGGUUUCCAGAUUGGUGAACGAGGUCUAUCACAUGUAUAAUCGACAUCAAUAUCCAUUUGUUGUUCUUAACAUUUCUGUUGAUUCAGAAUGUGUUGAUAUCAAUGUCACUCCAGAUAAAAGGCAAAUUUUACUACAAGAGGAGAAGCUUCUGUUGGCAGUCUUAAAGACAUCUUUGGUAGGAAUGUUUGACAGCGACGUCAACAAACUCAAUGUCUCUCAGCAGCCCUUGUUGGAUGUGGAAGGUCACGUGGUAAAAACGCACUCGGCAGAAAUGGACAAGCCUCAGCCAGCAAAGCCGGAUAGUCCCACUUUGUCAAGGACCAGAGGAGAAGAGAAAAGGGCAGUGACCAUUUCCAGACUGAGAGAGACCUUUUCUCUUCGGCACACAAUGGAGGACAGGCCCGAGGGCCCGAAGAGCCCUGAACCAAGGCGGGUUUCCCCAAGACAGAAGAGACACGAACAGCUUCCCGGCACUUCAGGCUCCCUCUGCGCCCAGAGGCCCAUCCCUGGCACAGACUCGCGCGGCCCCCAGGAGGAGAUGAUGCGUUCAGAUAAGGGACCCUGUGACCGCAGGGACAGAGGGGACACGGAGCAGGACUCGGGGCAUAGCCGCCCAUCAGCCAGCCCAGAGGAAGGGCUCGGCACCCCAGAAGUGGGAGGUCACGCCAGCAAGGAGUUUUCCCAAGGAAGUGUGGAGUCUCUGGAGGAGUCACCUGAGACUGACCGUCGCUCUGCAGACCCUGAAGGCCAUCUCGACCAAGAGGAUGGCGGUCGGACACGUAGAGUCUUGCCUCAGCCCGCCGACGUAUCCUCCUCAAACACAAAGCGUUUUAAGAAAGAUGGAGUCCCUUUCAGUUCUGAUGCCCACCAAGGGUUGGUGAAGACUCAGACCUUGUCAGCAUCUCAGGUUGACGUGGCUGUUAAAAUCCGUAAGAAAAUAGUGCCCCUGGCCUUUUCUAUGCACUCUUUAGCUCAACGAAUAAAGCAGUUGCAGCACCAAGAACAGCGAAGAGAAGGUGCACAGAAUUGUAGGAAGUUCAGGGCCAAGAUUUGCCCGGGAGAAAACCAGGCCGCAGAGGAAGAACUCAGAAAGGAGAUAAGUAAAACGAUGUUCGCGGAAAUGGAGAUCAUUGGUCAGUUUAACCUGGGAUUUAUAAUCACCAAACUGAAUGCAGACAUCUUCAUAGUGGACCAGCACGCUACAGACGAGAAGUACAACUUUGAGAUGCUGCAGCAACACACUGCCCUCCAGGGUCAGAGGCUCAUAGCACCCCAGACUCUCAACUUAACGGCUGUCAAUGAAGCUGUUCUCAUAGAAAACCUGGAAAUAUUCCGAAAGAACGGCUUUGAUUUUGUUAUCGACGAAGGGGCUCCAGUCACCGAAAGAGCUAAAUUGAUUUCUUUGCCAACUAGUAAAAACUGGACCUUCGGACCCCAGGACAUCGACGAGCUGAUUUUUAUGCUGAGCGACAGUCCUGGGGUUAUGUGCCGGCCUUCCCGAGUCAGGCAGAUGUUUGCCUCCAGAGCCUGUCGGAAGUCCGUGAUGAUUGGAACUGCUCUUAACACAAGCGAGAUGAAGAAACUCAUUACCCACAUGGGCGAGAUGGACCAUCCCUGGAACUGUCCCCACGGAAGGCCGACCAUGAGACACAUUGCCAACCUGGAUGUCAUUUCUUAAAGCUGACAGUGCUUCUCAUUUUAUAGAACUACACAUUUUAUUGCAGAUUUUUCUGUUUCCAAAAGCAGGGUUUUUAACUAGUCACUUCUUGUUUGCAAAUGAACCUGCUGUUUUAAAAAAAAUGACCAGAUCCUUAGAAGUGAUCUUGAGAACCUUUUCAAACCACAUGGAGCAUUGCUUGCGACGUUUUUUGUUCUGCACUUGAAUGUGUGCACGUGUACAAGCAAGAGCACGUCCCAGAAAUAGGAAGAACGCCUCGAAAGUCACUGAGGCCUCUGCUCAGCGGCCUGAGCUAUUUUAGUCUGCAGCUUUCAGCCUGUAAUAUGAUUAAAUUCAUAAUGGUUUAAUUUCAUAAAAUCAUGGUCCUUUUGGAUUAGUGGCUGUCAAUCCUAACGCACAUU